AAAGACUUUUUGAAUCAAACAAAACCACCAAAAACGUCAGUUUCCAGAACUCUUGUAGCCACUUUUUUCUCCUUUUUUUAACUAUUGGACUGGGAUUUCUCCUUUAUAAAUACUAACCAAACCAGUUGGAAAUUUCCAAGUUUCAAUUUCUUUUGGUUUUGAUCUCCUUUCCCUCCUUGCUUUGUCGUUUUUGCUGUGUUUCAGACAUGGGAACUCAAGCUCCUUCUCACAAAGAUUAUGCCAGGAACAACAGUUUUGAAGAAAAAUUAGCAAAGCAGAAAGCAAUUGAUGAUUGGCUGCCCAUUACGUCAUCAAGAAAUGCAAAAUGGUGGUAUUCAGCUUUCCACAAUGUCACUGCUAUGGUUGGAGCUGGUGUCCUCAGUCUCCCCUAUGCCAUGUCAGAGCUUGGAUGGGGUCCUGGUGUGGUUGUUCUGGUCCUAUCAUGGAUUAUUACCCUCUAUACUCUAUGGCAAAUGGUUGAGAUGCAUGAGAUGGUUCCAGGAAAACGUUUUGAUAGAUACCAUGAACUGGGUCAAUAUGCCUUUGGUGAAAAACUUGGUCUCUAUAUUGUGGUGCCACAGCAAGUUGUUGUUGAAGUUGGUGUGUGCAUAGUGUACAUGGUUACCGGAGGCAAAUCAUUGAAGAAGUUCCAUGACACUGUCUGCAGUACCUGCAAACAGAUAAAACUAACCUAUUUCAUCAUGAUUUUUGCCUCUGUUCACUUUGUGCUAUCUCACCUUCCCAACUUCAACUCCAUUUCUGGUGUCUCCUUGGCAGCAGCAGUCAUGUCCUUGAGUUACUCUACUAUUGCUUGGGGAGCUUCAAUAUCUAAGGGUGUUCAGGACGAUGUGCAAUAUGGCUACAAAGCUAAGACUGCAGCAGGAACAGUGUUCAACUUCUUCAGUGCCUUGGGUGAUGUAGCUUUUGCCUAUGCUGGGCACAAUGUGGUCUUGGAGAUCCAAGCUACAAUCCCUUCUACACCUGAGAAGCCAUCAAAAGUACCCAUGUGGAGAGGUGUUAUCGUUGCCUAUAUAGUUGUGGCCUUGUGCUACUUCCCGGUUGCCUUAAUUGGUUACUGGGUGUUUGGCAAUUCUGUUCAAGACAACAUCCUCAUCUCAUUGGAGAAACCUGCAUGGCUUAUUGCAAUGGCUAACAUGUUUGUUGUUGUUCAUGUUAUUGGCAGCUACCAGAUCUACGCAAUGCCAGUGUUUGACAUGAUAGAAACUGUACUAGUAAAGAAACUAAAUUUCAAGCCCUCUAGAACACUUCGAUUCUUUGUUCGCAAUUUUUAUGUCGCGUUGACAAUGUUCAUUGCCAUUACCUUCCCUUUCUUCGGUGGCCUUCUUGGAUUUUUCGGAGGAUUUGCUUUUGCACCAACAACAUACUUUCUUCCUUGCAUCAUGUGGCUUGCCGUCUAUAAACCAAGAAGAUUCGGUUUAUCUUGGUGGACUAACUGGAUCUGUAUUGUAUUUGGUGUUUUCUUGAUGGUCCUAUCACCAAUUGGAGGGUUGAGGCAAAUCAUCCUUCAAGCCAAGCACUAUCAAUUUUACUCUUAAAUAGUUGUCUUCCCACAGUAGGAGGAAGUGCGGUGCCACAAAUUGAAGAGCAGGAACAAAUGAAGAACAUGAUAGUUAAGUCAGUCUGAUGGGGCAUAAGGCCAUCAUCAAUAGUUCAUCGGAUAACUGAACCUUCAAUCAACGGGUGUCCAUAGUAUCGAAUCAUUGCUUUUUGUGAACAAGUGAACUCCAGUCAUUGAGACCAAACCACAGGAGCAUUAGUCUUCACUGUUUCUUCAUUAUUACUGGUGUAUGAAUAUAAAAUAUACAGUUGUGAAAUGGUUGCCAUUUAAUGUGUUUGCUUUCCAGGAGAGUUCUGAGUCUUAAGGUUUGUUUCAGGAGAUUUACUGUAUUACUAGUGUAACAUUAAUACAACUUACUAAGGAUUGAUGCUUUCUACAGAAUGGUUCAAUCUUUUUUUGUUACUCAAUAUUUUGUUGAUUUAGUUUCUCCCUUAAAAGUA